AAAUAGACGCCAGCAGCGAGCAACGAUAUCGUAGAAAGAUUCCACUCCACAUUAAUCGAACUCUAUCGUACUCUCCAUGCAAAAUUCAAAGAUUACUUUUCAUUCAGCAAUCAAUCAAAAACCACGGGAAGUAGUUUUCAACUCAUCAAAUUCAACCAAUCAGGAGGAAAUAGCAGAAAACUUUCGUAAAAUUCAAUCGGCCGUUAAAGUUGAGCUUAAUAAAAGAAAACUAAAUCACGAGAAAAAAUUUUCAAAUAAUGAAAGCCCUAAACAUCUAAAUCAGAAUGAAAAACUUUAUAUUAAAAAUAGUCAAAGACUAAAUAAAGAUAGAGACCCGUAUAAAAUUUCAACAGUUAAAACUAAUAACGAACUCACAUACAUAGAUAGUAAUGACAUCAAAAUACAUAAAAAUCGGAUUAAAAAACAUAUAACAUAAAUAUGUUCCUUUUUCAGAUUAAUCUUCAUCCACCUGAUAAAUGCGACUACAUAUAAGGAAAUAUCGAAUAACAAUGGCAUGGUGGCCAUAAAAACAAAAACAGUACGGAUAAGGAUAGGAUACGAUAGGACACUACAUAAGAUUAGUUUGGAAUCACUAGAAGAUAACAUCAAAUACAUAGAAAAAAUCAUACACUCAUUUAAAACCGUUGAACACUUAGAGCAAACCCUACAGGAAAAGUUAACAAUAGCUAAGGAAAAACUUUUUAGUUUAAGCCCAAGUAAAACAAAAAGAGCACUGAUAAACGUCCUCGGAGCAGCAAUUAAAUUCAUUGCGGGUAAUCCCGUUAACGAGGAUCUUGAGAUCAUACACGAAGGAUUAGAGAUAUUGAAGAACCAGGAGAAUAAGUUAGUACAAAACCAAAUCAAGCGAAUCCAAAUUAACGAACUUUUUAAAAACAAAAUCAAUAACAUAACAGAUUCCUUGAGGAAAAUUAGUUCUACAAUCUCUAGAGAAUUCAACACAGUACAAAACCUUAGAUCAGACUUGGAGUUCAUUAAUCUCAUUUGGAAUACAGAUAGAAUAAUUCAUAUAUUAGAAUCUAUAGAAGAACAAGUCGAGUUCUCCAGAUUAGGUCUCAUAAAUAAGAACAUCCUCUCGUUAAACGACAAGCAGGCAAUCGCAGGGAAACUUAGGAAGCAAAACAUCCACCUUAACUAUCUUGACGAAAUAUUUCAGUAUUGCUCAGCAACUACCGGCAUCAAUGGCGGACAAGCGAUGGUACUUGUGAAGACCCCAGUACUAGACGACAAGGACUUCGACCUCCUGGAGCUCCACACGUUGAAGGUCAACAAUUCGAGGAUAAAAACCGACAUAAACCUGGUGGCAAAGCACGGCAAUCUGAUCUACGCCCAAACGACAAAAUGCGACAUUUGUGAAGGUACCAAGCUGAUCGAGGACGAAUGCAUCUAUAAUAUCUUAACGCAUCAAACACCAAAAUGCACACUCAAAACUCACAAGAAGGAUGCCAAAAAGAACCACGUCGAGGCACUGAUGCUUAGAACAAAGAAGCUAGAAGAAGUAGAAGCAACCGAUGGUUCGAACAGUCAAACAACAAGAAAGGACCCCGGACAGAAGCGUCUGAAACUCAUCCCAGAACCAAGGUUCGAGCUCCUGAAACAUCAAACGAGGAUGCUUGAUACUUGAGGGGGGAGGCGUUAGGAUCAGAGUUGCCCACGUGCCAUCCCAUCAGAACGAGCCAUCGACCGGCCCAUCGAUCGAUGCAACGUAAAAGUGAUGACCCAGGGAAUUAUCCAGCUGAGGUGGCAACGUGCGCAAAGCCAAGCGAACGACAACGGAUCGGACGACAUCGAUGCAGACUUUGACCGGGACCGUUUUGCUGAGUUGAUAGAUUUAGUUAAUAAAAGGUUUAGCGGUAGGAAAAUUCAAUCAGUUUCGAGUGAGAAGUGAAUGAUACUUAUUGUAACUUAUAAUUAGUGGAAUAAAAUUAUUUUUUUAUUGAACUCUGAUCCUUCAGAGCAUUUCUUAUAUAUGGAUACAAAAAGGCGAGGCGCGCAGCAAUGGUGGACGAGAACGAUUUGCGGACCUCUGUGUGGUUGGCGACGUGCAGCCAUGGCCUGAGUUGAAUGGAGAAGACUUUAGAUAGUAUAAUAUAUAGAUGAGCGAAGAUAAAUCCUCUGUCUCCAAACGAACUGUCAAACGUGUCUCCAAACGAGCAUGACGUCACGAUUUCAAUGGAAACGUUAAGGGCUGUGACGUCAUAUGCGCGUGUGCACGGGCAAAAAAAUCGA